AUGAACUUCAAUUUUAUUACUGUCCUCCUCUGCGUUCUGUGUUCAUACACUACCGUCGGAGUACGUGGCGAGAAACAAAAAUGCACAUUGAGAAUGGCGGAGUACUACGAAGAGUUGGGAUGCCAACCUUUAUAUGCAAACGAAAGCCACAUCUGUGCGCCCCAGUACAGCUGCAAAAAUAUCGAAAAUCGAAAUCCGGAUGUGUGUUAUCUACACGGCGUAGAGUAUCCUGUGGGGUCUUCUGUCGAUGGAGGAUUCAGGAUCGAGUGUCGGUGCACCAAGCAAAGGCCGAACGCCACACCGCAAUUUGUUUGUCACCUUCUUCGCGAGUGUUCCCUUCCACCACCACCAGGAUGUUUCAGAACGACUAGUUCAAGGCAGAACUGCGUUUCACCCGUGCAAUGUAUCAAGAAACCGGGGGUCGAGACGACGUGCCAUGUUAAUGGUAAAGUUUACAAGAUUGGGCAAUACUUUGAACCCACCUCCGACCCGGGACAAAGAUGCUAUUGUGGCCACGGAUAUACCGGACAAAAUAUCGCGCCUUAUUGUACAUACCAAUCCGAAGCUCUGCAGGAUAUUGAACUAGUUCACGGAGAGGCCGUCGCUAACGGUUGUGCUCCCGUAUUCAAGGCUCCAAAAUCGCCGGGCAAAAGGACUCCCUUGUUCUUCAGAUGUCAUAGAGAGGAUGAUUAUGUUGUGAAGGGCAGACCACUGGAAGAGAGACUGAAAGAGAGAUUUGACAUGGUGGAGUGCAAGUUCGGUAAUUUCACCAUGAAAUAUGGCGACGAAUUGAAUCCAAGGACUGACGCACCUUUUGAUAAUGUGCCUUCGGAUUGUAUGAUAUGCCUGUGUCUGAUAGGACCUGUGCCUAUGUGCCAACUUAAGCCUUACGAGAGAUGUAAACCCAAAUUUGGAUCACUGUAGAUGUGAAAAAUUAAAUAUCAAUGUCAAACUG